CCUGCCCGGCGGCCGUUGCGCCGGCGGUUCCGCCAGGGGGUGCCGGCCCCGAGCGAGCGGGUCCCCGGAGACCCGCCGGCGACACCGGGACGGGCUGCGACCCCUUUUGCGAUGGAGGGAAGCAGGCAGACUCGGGUGUCUCGGCCGUGCAGGAUCAGCGAGUCGUCAAAGGUGUACCGCCGGGCCGACCACGCGGGCACGGUGCUGCAGCGGCUCAACGAGCAGCGCCUGCGCGGCCUCUUCUGCGACGUGGUGCUGGUGGCGGACGAGCAGCGGGUGCCGGCCCACCGCAACCUGCUGGCCGUGUGCAGCGACUACUUCAACUCCAUGUUCACGCUGGGCAUGCGGGAGGCCUUCCAGAAGGAGGUGCAGCUGGUGGGCGCCUCCUACGCGGGGCUCAAGGCGGUGGUGGACUUCCUGUACGGCGGCGACCUGGCGCUGGACGGCGGCAACAUCGACUACGUGCUGGAGACGGCGCACCUGCUGCAGGUCUGGACGGUGGUGGACUUCUGCUGCGACUACCUGGAGCAGGAGGUGAGCGAGGACAACUACCUGUACCUGCAGGAGCUGGCCUCCAUCUACAGCCUCAAGCGGCUGGACGCCUUCAUCGACGGCUUCGUGCUGGGCCGCUUCGGCACGCUGUCCUUCACGCCCGACUUCCUGCAGAGCGUGUCCCUGCAGAAGCUGUGCGCCUACCUGGCCAGCAGCGAGGUGCAGCGGGAGUGCGAGCACGACCUGCUGCAGGCGGCGCUGCAGUGGCUCACGCAGCAGCCCGGGCGGGAGGCCCACGCCCGCCAGGUGCUGGAGAACAUCCACUUCCCGCUCAUCCCCAAGAACGACCUGCUGCACCGCGUGAAGCCCGCCGUGUGCGCGCUGCUGCCCCGGGAGGCGGGCUGCGGGGGCUUCAUCGAGGAGGCCGUGCGCUACCACAACAGCCUGGCGGCCCAGCCCGUCCUGCAGACCGCGCGCACGGCGCUGCGCACCAACGAGGAGCGCCUGCUGUUCGUGGGCGGCGAGGUCUCCGAGCGGUGUCUGGAGCUCAGCGACGACACCUGCUACCUGGACGCCAGGAGCGAGCAGUGGGUCAAGGAGACGCCCCUGCCGGCCCGGCGGAGCCACCACUGCGUCGCCGUGCUGGGCGGCUUCAUCUUUGUCGCGGGCGGCAGCUUCUCCCGGGACAACGGAGGGGACGCGGCCUCCAGUCUUCUUUAUAGGUAUGACCCCCGCUGUAAACAGUGGAUCAAGGUGGCCUCCAUGAACCAGCGCCGCGUGGAUUUCUACCUCGCCUCCAUCGAAGACAUGCUGGUGGCCGUCGGGGGCCGGAACGAGAACGGAGCGCUGUCGUCGGUAGAGACGUACAGUCCCAAGACGGACUCCUGGUCCUAUGUGGCCGGCCUGCCCAGGUUCACGUACGGCCACGCGGGCACCAUCUACAAGGACUUCGUGUACAUCUCGGGGGGCCACGACUACCAGAUCGGCCGUACCGCAAGGAACCUGCUGUGCUACGACCACCGAUUAAUAUUGAAACAAGAACACGUGGUAAAUAAAUACUGA